AUGACAGAAAAUAUAAAUAUCAACAAUUUAAUGUCUUUUUCAAUAUCUCAAGAAAGCCCAUUUGCAACUAACUAUUCAUCUUUUCACAACUUUUCCCCUCCAAAAGGAUAUGGCACUAAAAGCUUAAAAGCCAAAAUGAGCACUGCAAUAUCACCUGACUCGCCAAAGAGUUUCCAAUUAAAGCAUGUCCCAGUUGUUACUAAUGAGCUUAAAGCUGAAGAGCUAUCCAAAGGAUAUUAUACAAUGAACUCAUCUGAUGCCUUGAAGCUAUAUCCACCCUCAUCUAUUAUUACACAAGAAAAAAGAAAAUUUAAUUAUCAGGAUUUCAAUACUAAAGGACACCGAAAUGAUUUUGACUUUUCUACUCUUAAGCCAAGUCACUUGUGUGACUUACUUGCGGAUAAGAGACCAGACGUAAAAAAUAAGUCUCCUUUUUAUUCUGUAUAUGAAAAUCAACUAAAGCAUGAUGGAUUCGGAUUAAAUCGAGGCCCUUUUACUGUGGAUUCCAACCAAAGUUACAGAGUGCAAAGAUUCAGUGAAAAGCUGCAAAGCACUCUUGAAGAAAGGCUAAGAAGAACUGAGAAACAUUGGAACAUUCCAUUGAUGCAUGUAAAUAAGAGCGAAAAAGAGCUGAAAUUCGAUAAAAAUUUACUCAAGAAAACUCUACCUACUUCUCUUUGGGCAAACAAAUUGAGUAUGGAAAGAUUUUUAAAAAAGCCAAUAAAAGAAGAAAAAAACAGCCCAAGAAAUGCCAGACUUGACAGCGGCAAGAAUGAUAUUAACCGAUUUGAAAAAGCUCUGAAUAAAAGAGGAGAUAUAUCGAUGGGAUUUACCGAAAUGAAUACCUUUGAGUAUUUAAAAAAGCCCAAAAAAGCAGGAUUAAAGAUACCAAUGAGUUAA